AUGGUCAGCAUCUUCGACAGCACACUUAUGGUCAUUCUAAUUGCCGAAUUUGUAAUUGGCAAGCUAGGAAACAGCUUCAUAGCCGUGGUAAACUGCAUUGACUGGGUCAAGGGAAGAAAGAUCUCUUUCACAGACGGAAUUCUCACUGCUCUGGCGGUCUCCAGAAUUGGUUUGCUCUGGGUAAUAUUAAUAAAUUCGUAUAUAUGCAUGUUUAAUUUAGCUAUUUUUAUGACUGGAAAAAUGUUAAUUAUAGUUUAUAUCUUCUGGACUGUGAGCAAUCAUUUCAGUCUUUGGCUUGCUACAAGCCUCAGCAUCUUUUAUUUUCUCAAGAUAGCCAAUUUUUCUGACUCUAUUUUUCUCUAUCUCAAGUGGAGAGUUAAAAAGGUGGUCUCACUGACCAUGUUGGUGACCUUGGUCUUAUUGAUUCUUAAUCUUGCACUGGUCAGCACACAUAUGAAUGCCUGGUAUGGUGAAUAUAAAAGAAACAUGACUUGUAGUUCCAGGAUGAAGGACUUUGCCCAAUUUACCAACCAUCUUGUAUUUACAAACACCCUGUUCACGUUCGUGCCCUUUGCAGUGACCCUGACAGUUUUUCUCCUGCUAAUCUUCUCCAUGGGGAAGCAUCUCAGGAGAGUACAACUCAAUGCCAAGGGCUCCAAAGAUGUCAGCAGCAAGGCCCACAUAAAAGCCUUGCAAAGUGUGGUAACCUUUCUCGUGCUCUAUGCCAUUUUCUUUCUGUCUCUUUCCAUGUCAUUUUGGAGCUUGGAGCUUCCAGACAGAAAUCGGAUCACUAUGUUUUGCCAAGAUAUUGGAGUUGUUUAUCCUUCAGGUCACCCCUAUGUUCUGAUUCUGGGAAACCAUAAGCUGAGACAGGCCUUUCACUCAAUGCUGGGGUGGCUGAGGUUCAGGUUCAAAGAUGGGGAACCCUGA